GCGCCGCCAUGCUCAGCCUGCGUAGCCGCGUCCUCGCCCAUCUCCUCUCGUCUCCAGCCGCCUCCACCAUAUCACCUCUCGGCCGCCUCAUCUCCGCGGCCGCUCCCGCCGUUCCCCCCAACCCUAGCAGCUUCGCCGUGGAGGACUACCUCGUCGCCACCUGCGGCCUCACCCGGCCUCAGGCCCGCAAGGCCUCCCCCAGGAUCUCCCACCUCAAGUCCCCCGCCAACCCCGACGCCGUCCUCGCCUUCCUCGCCGGCCUCGGCUUCUCCGGCGCCGAAGUCGCCGCCGUCGUCGCCAGGGACCCGCAGCUCCUCUGCUCCAGCGUGGAGAGGACGCUGUCCCCCGUCGUCGCGGGGCUCGCCGGUCUCGGCCUGUCGCCGUCUGAGAUCACCCGCCUCGCCCUUCUCACCGGCGUCCCUUUCCGUUGUAGAUCCGUCGUCUCCGGGCUGCAGUACUGCUUGUCCUUCUUCGGCUCCUCCGAGAGCCUCCUUGGAGCCCUCAAGAGCGGCUCCAUUCUCGGGUCCGACCUCGAGCGGGUCGUCAAGCCCAAUGUCGCCUUCCUGCGCGAGUGCGGGCUACGUGCUUGCGACAUUGCCAAGCUCUACGUGCUUUCACCAUCGCCACUCAACAUCAGGACGGAACGCAUCCGGACAGCGGCGGGGUGGGCAGAAGGUCUUCUGGGUGUACCCCGUGGAUCGCGGAUGUUCAGACAUGCGCUGCAAGCUGUUGCAUUCCUCAGCGAGGAGAAAAUCACCACCAAGGUAGAGCACUUGAAGAAACUGUUCGGGUGGUCCGAUGCCGAGGUGGGCAUUGCUCUUUCUAAGGCUCCAAAGCUGCUGACGAGGUCCGAGGAAUCGCUGCAGCACAGGUCCGAGUUCCUCAUAUCUGAGGUGGGCUUGCAACCGGCUUACAUUGCUCAACAGCCGGCAAUUGUCGGUAUCAUCCUAGAGGGCCGAUUCAGGCCCCGGUACUAUGCUGUAAGGUUUCUCAAGGAAAAUGGAUUGCUCAAGCGCAACCCGAGCUACAGCACUGUUUUUACGGAGACCGAAAAGGCAUUCAGGGAGAAGUUCAUAUGCCCUCAUAAGGAAGCUGCACCACACCUCGAACAAGACUAUGAUGCUGCUUGUAAAGGGGAACUGCCGAUUAAUUUCAGAUUUACAUGAGCCAAGAAAGGACUAUGAUGUAAUUGUCUGCUGGUUGUCCGCUGUUGUAUGACUGGUAGAUGCUGGGUUGGUCGUUGCUAACGUGUGAUGGAAUUGAUAAUUUGAUCCCUGAAUACUGGUAUGUAAUUCUAUCACCUCGGCAGAGAAGAAACCAUGGAUUGGUUAUGAACUUCUUCGCCCUCAUUCAGGUUUUAGACACACUUACUGGAACCAACUAAAUAAGUUUGAGAUCAGGCCAUUCUUCAGUGCAUUAGAAUUUCAGUUUUCAAGUUAGUUGCUGCUGCAUUAAAACAAUGAGCCACAGUAAGGUCUCCUUCAUGUGGGUAAACAUUCCUGAUGUUGUACUACUGAUUUGCAAUUCAUAGUGGAUAAUUGGAGGAUCAA